GAAAGAGGAACCUGCCUUGACUGUGGGUGCAGAGGAAAGGAUUGUCUGAGAGUAUAAAAGUCAAGCAUUGUCACAUAGAUGGCGCACAUCCUAUGACCUGAGAGCUUGUAAUGCCGUGAUAAGAUCUGGUGGAGCAAGUUGCCAAUAAUAAAUUUCCUUCUUACUGUCUCCUAGACUGCUUCAGGCGUAUUUUCAUAGGAAUAAGUCACCUUGUGUCUGACAGGGAGUCACUCUGAGUGUGAGCAGCACCUACUACGAAACAUGAGGACUCUGCUGAUUCUCCUGCUGCUUUGCUGGGUCAGUUCCGCAGCAGAUGGGCUGAAAUGCUAUUCGUGCAUGGCCACGGAUAACAAUGUCUGUAACAAGAACCCGGUCACCUGCCAGGCGCAUCACGACACCUGCAUGAGCACCAUGGAGGGGACCGGAAAUCCCAAGAACAUACUCAAGCUUUGCACCACCUCUGCUGUCUGUGCAACAGCAGCCUCCGCAGCCUCCGCAGCCUCCAUGAUCCAGGCAGUAACCAACCUUGAGCCGCCCAUAGUCACCUGCUGCAAGACUGAUCUGUGUAACUUCAGCGGAGCCACGACUGCCCGUCUGCACACGCUGCUUCUGGUCCUGCCGCUGUGUGUCAUCUCUGCCCUCUGCUAUGUCAGCGCUUGACAUAUCCAUUCCCCUUAUGGUGAUACACUGUGUCAGUCAGCUUACGGUUCCAUCCCAUCCUCAAUAAAAAUGUGUACUUUCCUGCUGCGUCACAAGUGAAAAUGGCUCCCCUUCUGGCUCCUCUGUAAUUGAUACAUGAUGCUGACAUAAAUUGGUUUUAAAAUAUGUCGAGGAUAAUGAUGAUUACAAAAUCAAAGACGGCAUUACUGAAAUUUGUCAAGGACACUACUGAAUAUCGUCCCUUGUCUGUAAUUACAGUUUUUCUCGAUUGCUUUGGAGCAUUUCUUAAACGACAAUUAACAUUUGCAAAACGAGUGUAAUGCCCACACCAAAAUGUCACUUGUGCCCAGCAGAACAUCAUUUCUCACUGCUUCACACAAAUUCCCAAAUGGUUUCCAUGUAUGGCGUUAAGAACUUCAAUGUGAGACUUUAAGAGUGUUUAAUUAACAAUGGAGCUCGGAAAGGCAGAUGGAAGAUUUUUGGACAGUGAGGGUUUGGCUGGUCCUCACAUUGUGUGGAGCAGUUAGUGCGGAAACCACAGUGUAGGGGGGGUUAGGGUUAGGGUUAGGGUUAGGGUUUCACCCUUCAGGUGUCAGGGUUCUUGGUUGAGCGUUUGUUCAGGGUGUUUGUUGUUUAUCACACCCAAAGUUAUUCUGUACCCAGGCAUUGUGUCUCUAUUUGAUGUGGAUACAUGGUUCAUUCCUUAUGUCAGUAGGAAUAAAACUUAAGUGGACAUCUUGGAACUGCAGAAGCAUUGAAGUCUUCUGGGAGGAGGUACAGAAGGCAAUGGGGAGCAGUGACGGACCUUAGUCUGCUAAAUGCAAAAAGAACAAUCGCAAUGUCAUGGAAAAAUACAAAUGGACCUAAGAUUUCCCAAUGGACCGAGUGUGGUAGAAAUUUUGCUGAAGUCGAUUUAAGAGUCACAAAACUUUAUUACCGCAAAGCUUUGGGGAGCGGGCACUCAGCAGUGUUUCAUGCGUCUCGUGGUCUGCCCCCGAACAACAUGUGCAUACAUCUUUUAUAGCAAAAAGUGCGACAGUUUAUAAACAGUUUAAGGAGGGGUCAGAUAUUUGUGGUCACCAACCACUUCUGCUUAUAGGGGUCCAUUAUUGGUUCAACCUAUUUUCAAUUAUCCUUGUGGUUUGACUAUCCUAUUUAAACAAGUUGUUUUCAGUUACUCUCUUCAUCUUACCUCCCAUAUAUUCCCUUGUGCUAUUGUCCACUUAUCCUUGACCUAUGACAUCAGUACAGAUAUUUCUAAUAUUGGUUUCUGCAGCAGCUUAACUUCUCUGAUCAGGUCUGCACCUUUAUCCGGUCCUUUUGCAGAAUAAACCAUCACAUGUUAGUUCCUUAUAAAAUGCUUGUUAUUCGGAAGUGAAAACUUGUUACUGAAGCAAGUUUGCAUUAUUGCAUUACAUGUUUAGUAUAGAUUACAUAUACAUCCUAAGAUGCUUCUUGCCUUCAUCCACCUUGAGUGAAUGUAGCCUUGGCUGGGAGGGGUUGAUGUCAUCAGGUGGUACCCAUCGUUCAUUGGGUGUUUCGACCCUUAUCCACAACACCCUCCGGAUGGUGGGUCGAGAGUGGUGGCCAAGUCACUGCCCAUCAUCCCCUCCUGGCUUCCAGCUUACCUCCCCUCUCCUGCUCCAUAACCAGCAAGAGGCCCUUUCUGCCGCCUCCCCCAUUCUGCGAGCUGCUGCCCUUCUGUUCUUCCCUGUCAUCCCCAUGGCUGUGAGCAUUCUCCAUACUGACUGCGCAGGGAAUCCUCUACAGCCGACCUCAACAGGGAACAGCCAUGCCUGCCAUCCCUUUCCCCUGCAGUCCUGCAGAAGGUCUUGCUAUUUGGUGCUCUUCCAUUCAAAGGCCUGUUCAUAUCCCUCUUCCCAUGGGACCUUAAGUUCUAUGAGGAUGAUCUUUUUUGCCCCUCUAGACCACAGUACCACCGCCUCAGGGUUGUCUGGACAAUCUGGCGGAACUGCAGCCUUCCUUCCUGUCAUGAGCACCUUGUCGUGGUGCCACCUGUACCUUCCUUGGGUGAGUGCUGUUUUACACCCGGACAGGAUGUGCGCCAUGGUGCCUCUCUCCCCACACAGCUUGCACAAUGGGUCCUCUCUCAUGCCCCACUUGUGCAAGUUUGUUGGGAUUGGGAGUGUGUCGUACACCGACCUCAGCAGGAGGGAGAUUUUUUUUUUCAUUUGGUUUGACUAUUAAUGUUUUGUAAAAGUAUGAAAACAAUAAAAAUAUUGUUAUAAAAAA